AUGGCGAUUUUGGCCUCCACGGCUUGUGGCCCGGCCACUUCCGGGUGGGAACACGGCCCCGCCCUGUCACAGGCGGCGCGGGUCGCAGGCGUCACCUCGUCGACGUGGGACGAGCUCUGCGGGUCAGCGGCAAAGCAGCGGGUCGAUUCGGCUGUGUGCCUGCAGCGCGCAGAGCGGGGACGGGUGGCGCGCCGCUUGGCACGUGCGCUGGCUCGGGACCGCGCACGCCUGAUCGCCGCAUUUCUCGAGGUCAAUCCCGAGUGGAGGCGCGUGCCCAGCGCCGACGACCCCGCGGCGAGUGUGCUGCCGCGGCUCGCCUCGGGGACGCGGCUCGGCCGAGGCGCAUUUGGCUGCGUCUACCAGCCGCGGCCGGUGUGGCACUUCCCGCACUGCGGCGUCGCCGUCAAGGCCGUCUCGCUCCGCCGCCGCUCCGCCGCACGCGGCCUUGCCCACGAGGCGACGCUCUUGCGGCGCGCGCACGAGGCGGGCCCUCAUCCGCAUGUCGUCGGAUUGCACGGCGCCUUCCUCGAAGGCGAGCACGUGCGGCUCGCGCUCGACCUUGCGGCGGGCGAUCUGCAACAUCAGCUCUGGCAGAGGCGCGGCGUAUUGGGAAGGCGGGAGGCGCUAGAUCUUGCCCGACAGACCGCAUCGGGGCUGCGGCACCUCCACGCGGCGGCGGGCGUGGCGCACCGCGACCUCAAGCUCGAGAAUCUCCUCCUCUUUGGCCGCGGCGGCGGCGGCAGUGGAGGAGUCGUCGGCAGGCCACUUCUCAAGCUCGCCGACCUCGGACUUGGUAUCCACAUCUCGCAGCUCACGGCGGUGCAGGAUCUUACCGCCACAGAGCGCGAGCGGUUGCCAGCCGACGCAGACGGCGCGUGCAGAGAGCAGGUGGGUUCCCCUGCUACGAUGGCACCGGAGGUGCGCGGUGACGAGCUUUGCUGGUAUUGCCCGUUUGCGGCCGACGCUUGGUCUCUCGGCGCUUGUCUAUUAGCGCUCCUUGCGCCGCGCGACCCCGACGAGUUUGAGGCGCGAGCGCCGUUCUACCCGUUUCGGUUCGCCGAUGCCGCCGACGACGAGUUUGUCGCGUACAGCAUCGACUGCGAGAGCGCUCGGCUGUCGCGUUCGCCACCGCGCCAUUCGCCGCCCGGGCUGGGCUUGCCGCCCGGAUUGCGUGCAUUGCCGCCGUUGGGAUCGGCCUCACAGUUGGAUGCCGUGGGUGCAAGAAUCCUUGCCGCGCCGGGUCCAAUCUCGAGGCUGCUCGACCGCAGAGCGCGCUUGCACGGCUUGUCUGUGCCAGACCCGCCGCUGCCGAAGAAGCUCCUCGCCCUCUUUGACGGCCUUCUCCGCCCGGACCCGAGGCUGCGCUCGCGGGUGAGCGAUGCGGCGGUCUCUUUGAUGCAGCUCGAGGCGGAGGCGGCGACUGAGCACGAGUCGUCGGAGGCAGUUAAACAGGCCCGGUGCACAUGA